UCUCACGUUUUUGCCUCGCGGCGUUAUAAGUGAAGUGAACUUUUCUGAUUUUGCGCGCUCAAUGAUCGUGUCUUUUUUUCUUUCUCUAUCUCUCUCUGCCACUUUCUUCGCUGCCGCUGUUCGCUCGGGAUUUUCUCUUCCGUUUUCCCAGGUUGAAGCUGCAUACUCAUUAUUUGAACCUGUUCCACUCGCCCAUAAAGUUAAUAAAUCCAAGUUGGAAUUGAAGUAAAAGGAAACACAAUAUUUGUUUGUUUUUUUUAUAAAACAGUUAACCGACAUCUUGUUCUUGUGACUCGUUCAUUCUCGUCUUUUCUCCAAUUUUUUUGGUUCUGCCAUUUGUGUGGAUUUUGCGCCUUUUUAAAAGAGAAAAGUGAAUUUUGUUCAUUAGAGGCUAACUGAAGUCAAGCUCUAGAAUUCGAAGAGGGAAGGUUUUUCUUAUCAAAUGCGUGGAUCUGACGAACUCGUCUCCCAGGGGGCUGUUAAUAAUGGUACCGUGAUGAGCCCGCAGCCGAAUCACACCGAUAACAACAAUGACGCCAAGAAGGUGAAACUGGAAAGGAACCAGCCAGAUAAACCAUCUAGGGUGGUACACGUCAGAAACAUUCCAGAUGAGGCGACAGAAAUGGACGUCAUCCACCUCGGAAUCCCAUUCGGACGAGUCAAUAAUAUUUUGUUGUUGAAGGGAAAGAACCAGGCUUUCGUGGAGAUGGUAGAUGAUGCCGCUGCUACCUCCAUGGUAAACUAUUACACCAGUUCAGGUGCUCCUCUCAUUCGUGGACGAACAGUUUUUGUGCAGUACUCAAACCACAAGGAACUGAAGACAGACAGCACACACUCAAAUGCACAUGCCAGUACUCAAGCUGCUUUACAAGCUGCCCAAGCUUUAGCAAGUGAAACUGAGACACGGGGUGGUCCAAACACUGUACUCAGGGUAAUAGUUGAUAAUCAGAUCUACCCUGUCACACUUGAUGUUCUCUAUCAGGUAUUUUCCAGAGUGGGGAAAAUUCUGAAAAUUAUUACCUUUACCAAAAAUAACACAUUCCAAGCUCUGAUACAGUAUCCUGAUGUUGUUACAGCACAAGCAGCCAAACUUAGUCUUAAUGGACAGAAUAUCUACAAUUCCUGUUGUACACUCAGAAUUGAGCACUCCAAGCUGACCAACUUAAAUGUCAAAUACAACAAUGACAAGAGCAGGGAUUUUACAAAUCCAAACCUUAUGACUGGUGAUCCAACAUUAGACUUACUGGGACUACCAGGGUCUAUGGGGAUUCUGGCCUCACCAUUUGGUCCAGCCCCAGGUCUUGCUUCUCCACUGGCAGCUGCUUAUGCUGCUACAGCUGCAGGAGCUCUUAGUUUGGGUGGAUUUGCAUUGCCACCUACUGCUACUUCAGCCACAACGCUAGGUCUGUCUGGACUUCGUCUACCAGGUCAGCUCCUCUUAGGUUGUGUUCUUCUUGUAAGCAACCUCAAUGAACAGGUGGUCACGCCCGAUGCUCUCUUUAUCCUCUUUGGAGUGUAUGGUGAUGUCAUACGGGUCAAAAUUUUAUUUGGCAAAAAAGACAAUGCUUUAAUACAAAUGGCAGAGCCUCAUCAAGCACAUUUAGCCAUGACUCAUCUGGAUAAGAUUCUUCUGUUUGGUAAACAGAUCAGAGUAACUCCCUCAAAACAUCAGGUUGUUCAGAUGCCAAAAGAGGGGCAGACGGAUGCUGGGUUAACCAAAGACUUCACCAAUUCUCCCCUUCACCGGUUCAAGAAACCAGGGUCAAAAAACUAUCAGAAUAUCUACCCUCCAACUGCCACUCUUCACCUGUCCAACAUCCCGCCCAAUAUAACAGAAGAGGAGAUCAGAGAUGCCUUUGGAAAAACGGGAUGUACCAUUGUGGCAUUCAAGUUUUUUCCCAAAGAUCCUAAAAUGGCUCUUAUCCAGAUGGGAUCUGUGGAAGAAGCUGUGACUGCUCUGAUUAAAAUGCACAACUACCAACUGAGUGAAUCCAGUCACUUAAGAGUGUCCUUUUCCAAAUCAACAAUCUAAGUCGGAAAUCAAGGUUUUUUAGAGCAGAUUAAAAAAUAAAGAAAUCUGAUUUAUUGACUAGCCUGUUGUCCAAAUUGCCUUGCUAGAAGACUAUUGCCAUCAUCACUGUGAUACAAGGAAGCUUUGAAGCAAAACAGAAUACCUUGGAAUUGGUCCAGUCCUUCAAGAACAUAUGUUGAAGGUUUGGCAAAGAAACUGUGCAGUUUUAUAAAUAAGAUUGUAUGCACUAAUACCUGUUGUAAAAGUGGGAAAUGUAGUCAAAAUUAAGUUUUAUAAUGUACUAAAAUAGUGUCAUAGCAAGAGAAUCACCAAUACAGGAGUUACAAACUAGUCUAGAUAAUGAUGACCCAGAAAAUUAUUAUAUUUAAAGGUUAUAAAUUAGCCUAGAUAGAUUUGACUUGGAAAGUAUUCAUGUUGAAAGGGUUACAAAUUAACCAAGAUAGAUUAGGCUUGGAAAGUAUUCUCAUUGACAGGAUUACAAAUUAACUGAGAUAGAUUUGACUUGGAAAGUAUUCAUGUUGAAAGGGUUUACAAAUUAGCCUUAAAAAGUUUUGGCUUCGAAAGUAUUCUUGUCAACAGAAUUACAAAUUAACCAAGAUAUAGAUUUGGCUUGGAAAGUAUUCUUGUUGACAGGGUUUACAUAUAAAGCUAGAGAGCCUUGGACCAUAACGUAAUUGUAUUUAGUUUAAGAAAGAAAAACUAAAUUCUGUUUGUUGAAAACUUGACUCGACAAGAGAUUCUUACUGAAUGCUUUUCAUUGUCCCGUUACUACAUUUUUGAAAGCUGUCUUUGUAUCACAGCCAUUUCUUUAUUAUGUAUUAAUUCAGUUAUGUCCACUAGUUGGUCUCCAGGGGACAUUUUAUAUAUAUAUAGAUAUAUAUAUAUAUAUAUUGUAUUUUUGCAAGCUUAUCUAGUGUAGUGUAUGUGGUGGUUAUAGAAUUUCAUGUUUGUAAAUCUAUUUUUGAAUAUUUCAUCCACUCAAUUGAUUUGCUUUAUGUGGAAAAGAAAUAAUUUGGUAUUGGUUUUGUUUUUGUUACAAAGUUAUUAUGUCUUACUUUUAAUUAAGCUCUAAUAAGAAAGCUGUCCUUGUAAUGUGAGUAGUUUAUUUUUCAUACAAAAACGUUGAAUUGAUUACAUUUACACUACCAUAAUACAUGAUGAAGUAAAACUAUAGCUGCUUGUUCCUUACUCUUCAAAAGUUGUUCUUUAGAAUUACAAACCUAUUGCUAUAGUAAAAAAAAAUGGAAACUAUUAAUUGAUAGUUAACAGCAUUUGAUUUUAUGCAAAAUAGUUUUUAACACUAAACAUAAAAAGUGUGUAAAAACAUUUAAGUUAAUUAUUGUAAUUUUAAACUUCUGAAGGAUCAGGAGCUUGGGACAAUAUCAGUUAUAAACUGUUCUUCUGUUAAAUGGAUUGUAAACAUGACUUGUAUCUUAUCAUAAUAUCUGUGUAACUUAGGAAGAAAUGCUUUGUAUAAACCUGUUGCAAGUUAUUCUCAAGUAGAAGAAAAAACACUUUUUUAUGAACUACAAUAUAUUGCAAUAGUUAUUCUGACAAACAAUACAAAUCAGUAUCAUGAAGUUUUGCAAGUAACUGAGGGGUAUUUAAUCUCUUCAAAAUUUGCCUUUCAUUGACAUGUAUAUGAAAAAUGGAAAUAUUUUUGUUUACUAUUUAUAUUUGCUUUUAAAUAUAAAAUUUAUCAAUUUGUAAUACUAAAAUAAGGCCACUUUGGAGAAAUAAGGAUACCUGCUUGCAUACACAUUUGUAUCAAAUAUUUUUAUCAUUAUUAAGAUAUUGAAGACAAAUAUGUUAUUCAAGUGUGCCUUGCAAUAAAGUGUUAAUAACAAAACCAAAUUUCUUGAACAAAAAAAAACUGUUUGUGCUUCAGAAGAAUUAUUAAAUGUUGGAUCUUACAUUUAUAAAAUGAAUGUCAAAAGUUAUUGGUAUAGGUAAACCACAAAAAUAAGUUUUAUGACAAAUUAAAUGUAAGGUUGAGGGGUGAAUAUAUCCCUCAAAUUUCUGUGCCUUUGAAAACCACAGGUGCUUUAAUUAGCAUCAACCAUUUAAUGAUAACCUUUUUUUCAAAUUUUAUAGUACAGAAGUUAAACAUUUUACUCAAUCUUUAGGUAUACUGAAGAUAAUUUCUGUAAUACCUGUUCACGUGAUGUAUAUUUUUUUGAUAAAUAUAACCUGGCUUAUCUUUUGCAAUAACAAAUGCAGCUGAACUAACAAGUAGUAGCUUUAAUAUUUCAGAAAUGGUAUUCACCUAUCUGCACAACAAAGCUUUUUACCUUGUGCACUGCCAUGAAGAUUUCGUGUACAUACAACAAGCCUUGGAUGAAGCUCCCACCCCUACACGUGCUAACAUGCAUCAUGCCAGUCUAUGAUGUAAUCAUCAUUAGACUAUGGCCUUCCAUCAAUAGAAGGGCAACACAUCCUCCAUAUGUGGCAAUUCCCAUGAGGAAAAGUUCAUUCUUUCCUUGGCACUGCUUGUCGUAGGACUUACUGGAAUGUUUCCAUUUAUUAUUUUAAACUUUUAUUAUCAUUUUUAAUGUAAUAUUUUUUUCCUUCAUUUUCUUUGUUAUAUGAAAGGGUGGUGAUAAAUUUUAAACUUAUCAGUUUGUACUUCUGGGACACAUGUCCCAUUAUCCGUUUCUGUUGUUUACCCCAACAUGAAGAUUUCAUCCAGUACUCUUCACAAUCAUCAUUAAGCCUAGGCAUUAGUUCCAUACCAGGCUAAUUUUAUUCCUAUAGAAAAAAAAACAUUAACAUCAGUUUUGUGGAUCAGCUAAAUUAUGCAUUCAUCUUCCCAUGUUUCUGGUAUCUACUGAGGUUUUUGACACAGGAAUCAUCUAAUACUGUAACGACAAGUAUAUUGUAUACUUUUGCAUCAGCAUUCAUCUUUGGAUACUGUGGUUUCUUGCCUUUGGGAUUGGGAAGCCUCAUCGUGUUUGGCCUCAUGGAGUUGCCCCUCUUCUGUUCCUUGUUCUGUUGUUACUAUCCAAUACUCAAUAGGCUGUAAUAAAGGGAGUCAUCAGGAGUUUUUCCUAUUCUUACACUUUCCACCUUAUCUGAUUCAAACACCAUAGGCCAAUUCCUCAACUUCAAUGUGGGGUUUUUAUUCCCAUCUUUUUUUGUCAUUCCCGCUUGACACAACUUUGCUCUUUCAGACACUCUUUCCACUGCCAGCCUGCCUUUUGUUUCCUUUGGUUUGUCCACAAUGGUCAAACAUUUGGUUCUCGGCCCCAUAUUUUUCAUUGGGUCUAGCGAGCUUUUACUUAUAGGUUACAUUCUUGAGGCCUUUUGUUCCACUACUUUAUGGAUGUUGGACUUCUACUUACCCCUUCCAACAUGUCUUUAUUUUGUCAUUGAGACCUAAAGCUUUUGAUACCAAGGCUCUUACGUCUUGUACAAGUGGAUUUCUCUCGAGUCCCUUGUUCCUCUUGGAUGUCCUUCCUACAAGUUCCAUUCAGUGAUUUUUGGCAUGCCAAUGUAUGUACAUCCAGAGAUCCACUGUUCUCUUUUUUCCCAUCACCUUUCAGGCUUAGAUGUGUUUUGAGUCCUCCAGGGCUAGAAGUUAAUUUGUGGGUUUCCAUAUCUGCACCGAGUGCAGUAUAGGUAGCACACUGUUUUUCUUUGUGCUUGACAACAACCAAUCCUUUCCAUCAGUACCUCUGUUCAGAUGGAAUGCCUUAUCCAAUCUCUCACCAAGUGAUGUUCCACUAAGCUACCCCUUCUCUUGUAGAUGACAUGCUCUGGGGUCUUACCCUUUCUAUCGCAGUAAUUUCUUUAUUUGCAUGUGGGAUUCUAGUUGUUUUUAGUGCAGAAAGGUUAGUAGCAUUUCUGAAGUUAAAAUUUUCUGUACCUGAAAAUUUAUUUUGGAGAGAUACUCACCUUUCUGCAAAACAUCACUCCCUUCCUACCCAUUUCUGGUGUAUUUGUCAAGAAUGAGCCUUUGUUCAAGUGCUUGUGGGGAUUGUCACUCUCCUGUUGGAGAAGGGCUAUAUAGUCUAAUGAUGAUCGUUUAAUAAAUGUUAACAUGUAUAGGGGUGAAAGCUUCACUCAAGGCUCGUGCCAUGUGCAGGAAAAUGUGCUUGAAGUAAUAGCUACUUGUUAUACAGAGUGGUGUCUAUCUCAAGUACAAAUUUAGGUAAGAAAAACCUUCAUUUUGUUUGGACUAAUGGAGUAUUUUAAGAAACAAGAAUUUAUUUCAGGAAAGUCAUCUGUUAAAGUACCUGUACAUAACUGUGAAAGAUAUACUCCAUUCAAUGUUCCCUAUUAACCAUAACUUGUAGAGCACUGAAAAAAACAGUCAAGAUAUUUGACUGUCCGUGAAUAGCUGUCAUUUUAUUUCUACUACUAUUGGCUUUGUAGUUGUUGAUCAGUGUCGGUUAUAUGUGUUUGCCUUCCAAAAAAAAAAGCUGUUUUUGGUAGUACAUUCUUCUGAACUUUGCUGUGUACUUUUUCAAGAAUUGAUAUUAAACUUCUUGCGAAAUGU